AUGGGAUUCGCUGCCAUCCCACUGCGUCCUCGAGCCAAUUCUAUUGAAAUUUCUCCCAUCCCAUCGUACGGACAACGGGAUGAAGGCGCGCAGGCCGUCAUGAAGAAAGAGGAAGAUGGCGAGAGAAAUAUUUCUGGCGUGAAGGUUGCUUUGGGACGUAAGGUAGAUAAUGGUUUCAAGAGGGAAGCCUACCAAGCAAUGACAGAAGAGGUCAUGAAGCAUACGGGCAUACCCGUCAACCGGCAGAAUGUGCAGAACCGUCUGAGGUAUUACAAGCACGAAUAUAUUACCGUCAAGGACAUGCUGGCGGCUAGUGGGUUCGAAUGGGAUAAUGAGCGCAUGGUCGUUACGGCCCCUGAUGAGGUCUGGGAGGAUUACCUUAAGUCUCACCCGCGUGCUAAACAUCUACGCGGGAAAAGAAUUGAGAGAAUGCAUGACCUUGCGGUCAUCGUCGGAUCCGAUCAGGCAACUAGACGAUAUGUGCAAGGAAGUACAAUUAUGGCCAUGUCAUCCUCUCGGAUUUAG